ACUAGUUUCACUUCUUAGAAAGUGAAACUCAGACAGUCGUUGCCACUGAGAGGUGAAAUGGCGCAGCGAGGAGCUCAGCUGGACCGAGAAACCUUCUCUUGUUCGAUCUGUCUGGAUCUACUGAAGGAUCCGGUUACUAUUCCCUGUGGACACAGCUACUGCAUGAGCUGUAUUAAAGGUUUCUGGGAUGAAGAGGAUGAGAAGAAAAUCUACAGCUGCCCUCAGUGCAGACAGACCUUCACACCGAGGCCUGUCCUGGUGAAAAGCACCAUGUUAGCUGAUUUAGUGGAGCAGCUGAGGAAGACUGGACUCCAAGCUGCUCCUGCUGAUCACUGCUAUGCUGGACCUGAAGAUGUGGCCUGUGAUGUCUGCACUGGGAGGAAGAUGAAAGCUCUCAAGUCCUGUCUGGUGUGUCUGAUCUCUUACUGUGAGAAACACCUUCAGCUUCAUAUUGAAUCUGCUGCAUUUGAAAAACACAAGCUGGUCGACCCUUCCAAGAAGCUCCAGGAGAACAUCUGCUCUCGUCAUGAUGAGGUGAUGAAGAUGUUCUGCCGUACUGAUCAGCAGAUUAUCUGUUAUCUCUGCUCUGUGGAUGAACAUAAAGGCCACGACACAGUCUCAGCUGCAGCAGAAAGGACUGAGAGGCAGAGAGAGCUCGAGGUGAGUCGACAAAACAUCCAGCAGAGAAUCCAGGACAGAGAGAAAGAUGUGAAGCUGCUUCAACAGGAGGUGGAGGCCGUCAGUCGCUCUGCUGAUAAAGCAGUGGAGAACAGUGAGAAGAUCUUCACUGAGCUGAUCCAUCUCAUCCAGAAAAGAAGUUCUGAUGUGAAGCAGCAGAUCAGAUCCCAGCAGGAAACUGAAGUGAGUCGAGUCAAAGAGCUUCAGGAGAAGCUGGAGCAGGAGAUCACUGAGCUGAAGAGGAAAGAUGCUGAACUGAAGCAGCUCUCACACACAGAGGAUCACAACCAGUUUCUACACAACUACCCCUCACUGUCACAACUCAGUGAACCUACAGACUCAUCCAACAUCAAUAUCCGUCCUCUGAGAUACUUUGAGGAUGUGACAGCAGCUGUGUCAGAGCUCAGAGAUCAACUACAGGACAUCCUGAGGGAGAAAUGGACAAACAUCUCACUGACAGGGACUGAAGUGAACGUUUUACUGUCAGAACCAGAACCCAAGACCAGAGCUGAGUUCUUAAAAUAUUCAUGUGAAAUCACACUGGAUCCAAACACAGCAAACACACAGCUGUUAUUAUCUAAGGGGAACAGAAAAGCAACAUACAUGAGUCAACAUCAGUCUUAUUCAAGUCACCCAGACAGAUUCACUGAUUGGGGUCAGGUCCUGAGUAGAGAGAGUCUGACUGGACGUUGUUACUGGGAGGUGAAGUGGACAGGAAGAAGUGUUUGUGUAGCAGUUGCAUACAAGAAUAUCAGCAGAGAAGGGAGGUUUGAUGAAUGUCUAUUUGGACACAAUGACAAAUCUUGGGCUAUAAGUUGUGACACUAACAGUCAUAACUUUUGGUUCAACAGUGUCUCAACUCCCAUCUCAGGUCCUCAGUCCUCCAGAGUAGGAGUGUAUCUGGAUCACAGUGCAGGUAUUCUGUCCUUCUACAGCGUCUCUGAAACCAUGACUCUCCUCCACAGAGUCCAGACUACAUUCACUCAGCCUCUCUAUGCUGGAGUUCGGUCAUAUAGCUCAUCCAGUGUUUGGGCAGCAAUUUUGUCUAUUGGAAGCACUAUUGAGUUGUGUAAGCUCAAGUAAACAUUGAAAUGUCACUUAAGUAAAAGUAUGUCUGAGUCAUCAAGAUAGAUUUUCUGUUGGUGCCAGCUGCUUCUUAUCAUUGGUCAUGCUGCUUAAUGCUUUAUCUACCUGCAUGCCAAGGGGUUGUUUAGAGAAAGACACACAGAAAGACACAACAAAGAAACAACUCCAUCUUCGGAGAUCAUUCCCAGAGACAAUCUGUCGAUCAGACAUGGUGGACGGGAUUGUGAUGUUCUCUUCCUUGAAUCAUUUGCUGAUUAACUCUGGGAAGCUCUUUUUAUUGUCUAUUAAUUAUUGUUGGCUGUCCAACUGGAAGUAAAGGAGCAUCACUUUCUUGAUUGCAGAUAAUGUAAUUAAUCAGAAAAGAGCUCUGUGACAUGAAGUGAAAGAUAAAAUAAAAUAAUAUAAACAAUGGACAUUUAUUCAUUAAACAUGUAAA